UGCAACAAUUGCUUUUGGAAUGGGGAUUGACAAGUUAAAUGUACGAAGAAUCAUUCAUUAUGGUUGGCCACAGCCUGGCACUUACCUUGAUCAGAAGGAGAAGCUCAUCAAGUACAGUGAUUUUGUCAACAAAGAGCUUAUAUUGUUUUCUAUGGCAGAUCUUCAACGGUCAAUUCCUUCAAUGGUUGACGGCCUAAAACCAGGUCAAAGGAAGAUCCUUUUCUGUUCUUUCAAGCGCAACUUUGGGAAGGAAGCAAAAGUUGCUCAAUUCUCUGGGGGUAGUCUAUACCGCCUCAUCCAUAGGGCAGAUGCUGGUGAAGUUUUGGACCAAAGGAGGCGCUUACGCAUGGCUCUGGAUGUGGCCAAGGGUAUUAACUAUCUUCAUUGUCUUAGCCCUCCGGUAGUUCACUGGGAUCUUAAAUCUCCAAAUCUGUUGGUUGAUAAAAAUUGGACGGUGAAGGUAUGUGAUUUUGGGUUGUCCAGAUUCAAAGCAAACACUUUCAUAUCGUCAAAAUCUGUUGCUGGAACAGUGGAUUCUGUAGUUUACCUUGUUGACGCGUACGACAAAGAGAGAUUUGCAGAGGCCAGAAAGGAGCUGGAUGCCCUACAUAAAAAAGAACAACAAUACUCAACCUUGUUAACACCAGAUGUUCUUUUUUUUGAAAUUGAUGCUGAUUAUGUCAAAUUUUUGUUGGAAUGAAUUGUUUUUUGGUUUUGGGGGUUUAGAAUAGGGUUUU